AUCCAUAAGACGGCAAAUACGAUCGGUCCAGAGGUGAUGCAUUCCGAAAAUACCGGCCUUUGAACACUCGUGAAAAUAAAGUAUGAGGCUUCUCAAUCAGACACCACAAUUGUUUUCCCGACAUGGCUGUGUUAAAAUCCGUGAGAUCCUUGAAACCCAAUCCUCCCUCUUCUUUAGAAUGACAUAUCUUAUCCCAUGAUUUCUAAUGAAGCCCUCUUGUGUUUCCUCCCGAGCUCCACCAGAAUUGUGCCGUCGAACUUGUUAGUUUCUUCGUUACUGUCUUAGGGAGACGGUAGCAUGACAUAACAUGAUUAGGUAGAGCUGUGACCACUAUCUUGAUGAUCACCUCCUUGCCUCCUUUCAUAAAGAAUUUGAAAGUCCAUCCAUUUACUCUGUUACUCAAACGAUCUUGAACAAACCCAAAAACUUGUGUUUUCGAGCCACCCAAGCUCUCUAGUAACCCCAAAUAUGUUCCCAUACCUCCUAAUAUUUUGGAUCCCUAAAAUAUUCAAUGAUUUAGAGAGUAAAAUGUAAUCAACUUAUAUCUUUGUCAUCAAGGUCACUCUGCCACUUACAAUAUUGUCGCGUAUUUAAGUCUGCAAAAAAAAAAUUAUUUUUUUGAAAGCUAUUUUUUUUGAAAAAUAUAUUAUUAUACUCUCAUUAUAAUAAACACACAAUAUACAUAUUCAAUAUACAUAAUUUAUAUAGUGACUGAACAGACAUAAUUUUUCUAAAUUAAUAUAGAUGUUAGAUUCGGGUUUGGGCUUCCAACUUAAAACCAAUUGGUGAUUAGUGGAUUGACCCUAACCCUUUAUAUAUUACUUAAUGUCUUUUAGAAUUCCCAAUAUGAGAUAUAUAUCCCUAAUACCCCUCCUCGAGAUGAUGGCUCUUAUCGGCCAGAAAUCUCGAAACUUUAGGACAUUUAUACUCGGUCGAGCGAGUUUAACACAACCUUUAUACCCGGUUGGAAGGGUUAAUCACGGCCUUUAUACCCGGUCAGAAGGGUUAAUUUUUAAUUUUAAUUUUAAUCAGGAGUUUAUAGUAUUUAGGACCAGCUGGCUCUGAUAUCAUGUUAGAUUCGGGUUUAUUAUGGACUUUUGGUUUUAAGUGAAAAUCCAUAAUAAAUCCGAAUCUAACAAUAGAAAUAAUAUGUUAAUUUAAAAAAAAAAAAGAUCAAUUUCAUCAAUCAAAUAAUAACCAGAUUCAAUCAUCUAAUCUUGAAAGAGCCCACAAAAUGAGAACAUGGAGUGGGGAUGCAACAAAUGAUUUAGUUAUCCAAGACCAAGAAUCCUAAAUACACAUGUGGCCAGAAAAUAAACAUGCAAUAUCUUACAUAUUCAAUGUAUAUACAUAGUGCAAAGAUGAAACAAAAUCACAAUCACAAUAGUAGUAUCGUUUGCACGUGAAUUGGUACCCUUCACAAAUCACAAUCUUCUGCUAUAAUAUAUGAGCACAUGAAAUAAUUCAACUUAGUCAAAUCUUUAAGUUGCAAACGAUAUUAUAAUGUCUAAAUAGGAGCAUUAUUCAAUAGUAUCUGUAAAAUACAGUUUACUUUAUGGCAAAUGAUUUUCCAACAAAUAAGGGUUUUGUCAGGAACAUGAGAUAUCCACAUAUGUACUCUGAGCUGUCCCUAAAUACAGAUAAGCUUAUCAGCAUUAUUUAUAAAUAAUUAACAAAGAUUUAGAAGAAAAAAAUUCUCUUUUUCAAAUAAAAAUUCAAAUUCAGUAUAUGUUUGCAACCAAACAUCUGUAUUCUGCUGCAAAUUAUUUCCAAAAUAACAGAAGGAGAGAAUAAUCACAUUACAGAAAGUUUGUUAAUCCUAAAUCUACAAUGUUAAAAAUUUCCCGUGAUCCGUUUCUACGUUUCACUACACUAAUUCUCAUUACAUCCUCUCUAUUCUCUUAUGGAACCGAAGCAAGACUACAUUAUUACAACGACAUACACAAUCCCAACUCAUAUCCAGAGCCACCGUAUUCGUCCUUCUCUCAAUCUCAGCCUCCAUCUAUUUCUCCAGACCCUGAUGACCUGUCACAGCCUCCAUCUCCUUGCCAAGAUCUCGACCAAGAAGUAGUCCACGAUGUGAGAAACUAUGGUGCGGUCGGGGACGGUAUCACAGACGACACUGAUGCGUUCAAGACAGCUUGGGAUUCAGCUUGUAGCAACGACGAGGACAACAACACUGUCUCCAUAUUGCUUGUACCUUUCGGUUUCACUUUCGUGAUCCAUUCCACUAUUUUCACCGGUCCUUGUCGCUCUUACCAAUACUUCCAAGUAUUUUUUUUUUUCAAAUAUCAAAGUCAUUUCAAUUUCUACAAGAUUAUCAAAUGUUGUUUAAUUUCUGGUGGUUUUCAUUUAAUUAAUAAGGUCGAUGGGACCAUCGUGCCACGGGAUGGACCAGAACCGUGGCCGAGUGGUUUCAACAAAAGACAAUGGCUCGUCUUUUAUCGAAUCGAAGGAAUGGCUCUAAUAGGCAACGGAGUUAUCGACGGUCGCGGACAAAAAUGGUGGGAUCUUCCAUGCAAACCUCACCGGAAUGUCAACAAAACGACUGCACUUACUGGUCCAUGUGAAAGCCCUGCCGCUUUGAGGUUUUUCAUGAGCUCAAAUCUAAGUAUGCAAGGUGUGACUAUUAAAAAUAGCCCGCAGUUUCAUAUGACAUUCGACGGAUGUCAUGAAGUUCACAUCAACUCCCUUCGAAUCACAUCUCCACCGUCAAGUCCCAACACUGACGGCAUCCACAUCGAGAACUCCAACUCCGUUGAGAUUCAUAACUCGGUUAUCUCCAACGGAGAUGAUUGUGUCUCCAUUGGAUCUGGAUCAUACAAUAUCGAUAUACUGAAUCUCACUUGCGGACCUGGCGGCCAUGGAAUUAGCAUUGGAAGUUUAGGCAACCAAAACUCACGUGCAUGCGUCUCCAAUAUUACGGUUAGAGACUCGUUCAUCAAGUUUUCCGACAAUGGUGUACGGAUCAAGACAUGGCAAGGUGGAUCCGGGUCCGUUUCUGGUGUAACGUUCGACAAUAUCCAAAUGGAUAAUGUCCGAAAUCCAAUAAUUAUCGAUCAGUACUAUUGCACGAGCAAAAACUGUCCUAACAAAACAAAUGCGGUUUUUGUGAAUGAUGUAGUAUAUCAAAGUAUAAAAGGGACAUACGAUAGACGUAGUCCUCCUAUGCAUUUUGGAUGCAGCAACAACGUCCCAUGCGUAAAUUUGACAGUUUCGGAUAUUGAUUUGGUGCCUUCAAAAGGUGAAAUGGUUGUGGAUCCGUUCUGUUGGAAUGCGUAUGGGGUUGUGGAUGAGUUCUCUGUUCCUUCGAUCUCGUGUCUCAAAUCGGAUCCUUCGACCUUAUUGUUAGGUGGUCUUUUAGGAGAGUGUGGAGUACGGUGAUUUGAAUAGUAAAAACCUGUGUCAAGGAUUUCGUCAAGGUGAUAAAGAUCAAACAAGAUCGAAUAAUUUGAACCAAUACAAAACUGUCAUAUUAGGAAAAAAAAUAUCGCUUUCAUGAUGUUAUGAAAGUUAAUAGUUUCCUGAAAAUAUUAGUUUCAUGAUUUAUGAAAAUUAAAGUAUUUUUAAAAUAUUCAUAAUAGAUUACGGAAAAGAGUGAGAAAUCUUUAUCCAACUAUGUUAACGUAAUUGACUCUAUAUAUAAGAAGAGCUUAUGUGGUCUCUUUUCUCUUAAGCAAGAAAGCCAAAUUGUAAGCUUGAGGGAAAGAAGAUGUGCUUUGUUUUAAAGAUUAUAGUGGAUUACUUCUUACCAGGCCCAGACACAGAGACGUAGCUAUUCUAGAUGAAUUCUGGGUAACUAUUUGCUUGUGUCUUUAUUUUCUAGUUGUUCCGCGUCCUUCUAUGUCGACGAGUUUGUUUUGUGUGUUUGAUUCUUGUUCUAGGUUGACCUAUAUCAGCCAUGAGUCUCAACACUGGUAACCUGAUUUUAACUGGUUGUUUGUUGAAUGACCAAAGAUCUGUGUUUUCGAGACUAUCAUCUAUCAAAAAAGGCAAAACUUUAAAAAAUAGAUUCAGCAAAAUCGGUGAAGCAUAAAAUUCAUUACAUAUUUUUUUUAAAAGAUAAAUUAAUCGAUUACAAGGGUUAGAUAAGGGUUUGAGUGGGAGAAAAGGAAAAGUAGAAAGAACUAGCAAACAAACAAAAAAGAUGAAGAGAGGAUUUUCAGACUUUAAUCAGUUAAUACAAAGUAAGCACUAUCUCCACUUCGUCUUCGCCUUUUGUUAGUAGAAGAAAAUAUAUGUUAGGUUCGCUUCAGUCCAUUAUUUAUUUCACUUACAUCUGAAAAUUUGGAGAUUUGUCUACAAAGGACAGAAAAUAGUGAAACUGAUAAAUCUGUUUUUAACAGGCAAGUCUUUUACAUAAUCAUCAACCAGUAAAAAACAAUAAAACAUGAUGGAAUGAUGAUUUUUGAGGAAUGACUGAGUGACACCAAAUCCAAAAGAAAGGAGUGACUGAGUGACACCAAAUUCUGCUAUUUUAAUAGCAGUUUGAUGUAAAGAGAAAAUAAAAAAUAGUUUUGCGAUAGUAAGAUGGCUGGAAAAAUGAGCUAAGCUCUGAAAUAGAGAGAGAGAAACAGACGGAACCUGAUCUAUUGUGUUUUUGGCACAUUAUAACAAUGUUUUAAAAGUGAUUUUAAGUCUUUAUCGAGUUUUUUAGUCAAGUUCGUAUCAUUACAUGUCUUGAGUUGUCUUUGCUGGAAUGUGGAUCACUUGGAGUAAAAGAGGCGGAAAAGAACACCAAUUGGAGAUUUUUAGAAUGGAUCAGCCGCUCCUGCGCCUGAGAUUUUUAAGAAAAAUUCCAAUAUUUUGGGGUUUAACCUAAGGAUUCCUUUUUCUAACCGCCACAGACCUACAAUAUAUCGUUUCCUAUUAUUCUUAUCAAACUAUGCCACUUUUUAGAGAGAGAGAGAGAGAGAGAGAGAGAGAGAGAGAGAGAGAGCUUGAUACUUUGUAACUUUGAGGGAGAAAAAUCUCUACACCCUUUAGAGAUUUCUAAACCCCCUUUGCUUAUCAUUAUUGAUUCAAACAUGUUUUCUUCAUCUAUUAUCUAUUUGUUUUCUCUGUUCAUGGCUUAGUAGUCAGUAGUUAGGUCUAGGGUGUUAGGGUGUUAGGGUGUCGAAAUCCAUGAGAUAAAUACAUAUAAGAGUUAUUGGUGUGAUUGUCUCCCUUCAUUGUUGAACUUAAAGCUUGCACUAAACUGUACACUUAGUGUUUGAUUCUAGGUUUAAUCUAUUCAU